AUGCUCGACCUUAUGGGAGACUAUAAGGUGAUCGAAGACAGGUACCAAAAUUUUGCUUCGCACGGACCCCCAUCGUACGGAAAUAUCGGCAGCCACGGAUUCGCCAGAAUUCGCAAAGGAGGGCGCAAGGGUGGCGAUUCCGAUGGCACUUCGGCCCGAACGAGCGUCGAUGCAGGGGGGGCCAACACGGAUGGCUCGAGUGGAGCCGAUGCUGCCGAAAUUGCCCAGGGAGCUGCUGCCGAUGCUGUCGAAGCCGCCCGGGAAGCUGCUACCGAUGCAGCCGAAGCUGGCGCAUCUGGAGCAGGUGCCGGCGGCUCGGGUGGCGGUGUAGCAGAUGCCGGCGGCUCUGGUGGCGGUGGAGCGGGUGCCGGCGGCUCGGGUGGCGGUGGAGCGAGUGCCGGCGGCUCGGGUGGCGGUGGAGCGAGUGCCGGCGGCUCGGGUGGCGGUGGAGCAGGUGCCGGCGGCUCGGGUGGCGGUGGAGCGGGUGUCGGCAGCUCGGGCUUUGGUGAAAGCCUCAUGCAGAGAGUGAUGAGAGUUCCACUGGUUGGGAUGGGAGCAACAGCAGAAGGGAAAGCAGAAGUCACAGCAAACGGUGGAAUGGAUCUGCUCAUUCUCCUCAUGCCACCUGGCGCCGUUCCAAAGUCGGGAACAUCCGUUGCGGGGGCAUCGGGCGGGAACAACCAAGUCGUCACGAUAGCGGACGAGAAGCCAGGAUCCAAUAACACGUCGACCAACACCAGCAGCGAUCCCAAUAGCUCAAACUCCAGUUCCAACAGAUCCGUGAAUUUGGACGACUUUGGGUCUAAUAGGAGUUCCUCGAUGCUGCAGGCGAUUUUGGGCAACCCAGCAUUGGUGGCUCGACUCAAUGCCAUGGCGCAAGCCCAAAGCAAUCCCUGAGCGACAUUAUUAUACAUAUAUAUAUAUAUAUUUUUUUUACCUUAAGACGUGAUAUUUUUUCUGGUACAUCUGAAAAAUUUUUGACCUUAUUUAUUGACCCACUCCGACAUCCAAAUUCGCAUGUAACUUUCCGA